GCAGCAACUCCAGAAAAGUGAAAGCAUGAUGAUGUCUAAUGAUGAUGAUCUCCUUGGAUCAAUAUCUCUAAGGUUUUGCAGUUUCUUCGAAGACCCUUCUUCUCUUUCACUUCUCUAAACUUCAGAAUUGUGUCGGAGAUAUUUUUUUUUUUCUUUUUCUGAUGUCACAAUGGCAGACAAGAUAUUAUUCACUUUCUUGCUAAUCUUGUCUUCAGUCUCUCCUCUCCUUUGUUCUCCUUUGAGUUCAUCUCUUAAUCUCUCACUAAUCACACAAGCAAAAGUCCUUGUCUCUCUAAAGCAAAGCUUUGCUUCCUAUGACCCUUCUCUUGAUUCAUGGAACAUUCCAAACUUCAAAUCUCUCUGUUCUUGGACAGGCGUUUCUUGCGACAACUUGAACCAGUCCAUCAUCACUCGUCUCGACAUCUCUAACCUCAACAUCUCCGGCACUCUCUCGCCAGAGAUCCACAAGCUCUCGAGCCUAGAAGUCUUAAACAUCUCAAACAACGCCUUUGAAGGAGAGCUGAAGCCACUUGAGUUCGGUCUAAUGACUCAGCUUGUGACUCUUGACGCAUACAACAACAACUUUGACGGAUCACUUCCUCUGUCUAUAACCAAACUCACUAAGCUCAGUUACUUAAAUCUCGGAGGAAACUACUUUAACGGUGAGAUCCCUAGAAGCUAUGGAGGUUUCUUGCGUCUCAAGCAUCUAGACUUAUCCGGAAAUGACCUAAGUGGGAGAAUCCCUAACGAGUUAGGAAACAUCACAACUCUUGAAAAGCUAUACUUAGGUUACGACAACGAGUUCCACGGGAUACCUAAAGGCUUAGGGAGCUUGAUCAAUCUUGUUCUGUUGGAUUUAGCUAACUGCAGCUUGAGAGGAUCAGUUCCUAGAGAGCUAGGGAAACUCAAGAACUUGGAGGUUCUGUUUCUACAGAUCAAUGAGCUCACAGGUUCUAUUCCUAGAGAGUUAGGGAACAUGACAAGGCUCAAGACUCUUGAUCUCUCCAACAACUUUCUAGAAGGAGAGAUUCCUAUAGAGCUCUCUGGACUUCAAAACCUUCAAGUGUUCAACCUCUUCCUCAACAGAUUACACGGUGAGAUUCAUGAGUUUGUAGCUCAUCUUCCUGAUCUUGAAGUUCUCAAACUUUGGCACAAUAACUUCACUGGAAAGAUUCCUAAGAAGCUUGGAGCAAACGGUAAGCUUGUGGAGAUUGAUCUGUCUACCAAUAAGCUCACAGGUUUGAUCCCUCAAACACUCUGUUUCGGAAGAAAGUUAAAGAUUCUCAUUCUCUUCAACAACUUCUUGUUUGGUUCUCUCCCUCAAGAUCUUGGCCAGUGUGACUUGCUUUGGAAGUUUCGUCUAGGUCAGAACUUUCUGACAGGUAAACUGCCAAAGGGUUUGGUUUAUUUGCCACAUUUAUGGCUUCUUGAGCUUCAAAACAACUUCUUGACCGGAGAAAUCACAGCACGAGAAGCCGGUAAAGCGGGACCAUCUAACCUCACUCAGAUCAAUCUAUCUAACAAUAGGUUAUCCGGACAAAUCCCCAGUGAAAUCGGAAGGUUGAAGAGUCUUCACAAGAUUGACCUAAGCAUGAAUAACUUGUCAGGCAAGGUACCUCCAGAGUUAGGUGGUUGUCAGUCAUUGACCUACUUAGAUUUGAGCCAUAACCUGAUCUCAGGUCAGAUUCCGGUUCAGAUUUCGCAGAUUCGGAUGCUAAACUAUCUGAAUGUUUCUUGGAACUCGUUAAACCAGAGCCUCCCUGUUGAGCUUGGAUACAUGAAGAGCUUGACAUCAGCAGAUUUUUCACACAACAACUUCUCCGGUUCAGUACCAACUUUAGGGCAAUUCUCUUACUUCAACAGCACGUCAUUCCUCGGGAACCCUUUUCUCUGUGGAUACUCUUCCAACCCUUGCGACGGUUCUCAAAACCAAUCUCAAUCUCAGCUUCUUAACCAGAGAAAUGCUAGUUCUCAUGGCAAAAACUUCAAGAUGUUAUUAGGGUUAGGGUUACUAGGGUUCUUCUUGAUGUUCAUCAUUUUAGCUGUGGUAAAUAAUUGGAGAAAGAAAAGGAAUAGUCAGAAUCUAUGGAAGCUCAUAGGAUUUCAAAAGCUAGGUUUCAGAAGCGAGCACGUUUUGGAAUGCGUUAAAGAGAACAAUGUGAUCGGUAAAGGCGGUGCAGGGAUCGUCUACAAAGGGUUAAUGCCAAACGGUGAAGAAGUUGCGGUCAAGAAGCUCUUAGCCAUAAGCAAAGGAUCAUCACACGACAACGGUUUAUCCGCUGAGAUUCAGACAUUAGGUAGAAUCAGACACAGAAACAUUGUGAGAUUGCUAGCUUUUUGUUCAAACAAAGACGUGAAUCUCCUUGUUUACGAGUAUAUGCCAAACGGUAGUCUCGGAGAAGCCUUGCACGGGAAAGCUGGAGUGUUUUUGAAAUGGGAGACGCGGUUACAAAUAGCGUUGGAAGCGGCUAAAGGAUUGUGUUAUCUUCACCAUGAUUGCUCACCGCUUAUAAUUCACCGAGAUGUGAAAUCAAACAACAUCUUGUUAGGUCCUGAGUUUGAAGCUCAUGUUGCUGAUUUUGGGCUUGCUAAGUUUAUGAUGCAAGACAAUGGAGCUUCACAGUGUAUGUCAUCCAUCGCAGGCUCGUAUGGUUACAUCGCUCCAGAAUAUGGAUAUACACUGAGAAUAGACGAGAAGAGUGAUGUGUACAGCUUCGGAGUGGUGCUACUGGAGCUAAUAACAGGACGAAAACCACUAGAUAAAUUUGGAGAAGAAGGGAUAGACAUUGUGCAAUGGUCAAUGAUUCAGACAAAUUGUAAUAGACAAGGUGUGGUAAAGAUCAUUGACCAGAGACUGAGCAAUGUGCCAUUGGGAGAAGCCAUGGAACUGUUCUUUGUGGCAAUGCUAUGUGUUCAAGAACAUAGUGUGGAGAGACCGACCAUGAGAGAGGUUGUCCAAAUGAUUUCUCAAGCUAAACAGCCCAAUAAUAUCUAAAUUCAGUGAUUUUAUAUAUAUGUUAAAUAUUUUUUUUGCAAUGUUCUAUGUGUUUUAUAGAGUCGUUUUAGAAAAGUAAUGAUGGUUUGGUAAUAUGAGGGGAUAAGAAUUACAUAUUCGUGACACAUCAUUAGGUGUGUUUUUUGAAAGCUAUUUAUUUUUAUUUUUAUUUUUAUUUUUUGACAACGCCUUUCUGAAAGCUGU